UCUCAGUUCUGAAUGUACAGGAGUGAGUGAGAAGAAGAGAAUAACCCAACAGCAGUGGAAACUAGAAAGAAAUUAGAAUGGCCACCUUAGACGAACGCCCAUCUGCGAAAAGGUGGCUUCCUCUUGAAGCUAACCCAGACGUCAUGAACCAGUUUCUUUGGGGUCUUGGCCUUCCAGUGGAGGAGGCAGAGUGCUGUGAUGUUUUUGGCUUGGAUGAAGAGCUUCUGGAAAUGGUUCCGAAGCCAGUUCUUGCUGUGCUUUUUCUUUAUCCUAUUACCGCAAAGACGGAAGAAGAAAGGUUGCAACAGGAAAAUGAAAAAAAGGAUUAUAGCAAUAAAGUGUACUUUAUGAAGCAAACCGUGGGUAAUGCUUGUGGUACGAUAGGUCUGCUUCAUGCACUUGGGAACAUAACUUCCGAAGUCAAGCUUGUUGAGGGGUCCUUUUUUGACAAGUUCUUUAAAUCUACUGCCAGCAUGGAUCCAUUGCAGCGGGCUGUCUUUCUCGAGAAUGACAGGGACAUGGAAGUUGCUCAUUCAGUAGCAGCCACUGCUGGCGACACAGUGGCAUCAGAUAAUGUUGACACUCAUUUCAUCUGCUUUGCCUGUGUGGAUGGUCAACUGUAUGAGCUUGAUGGAAGAAAGUCAGGACCAAUAUCUCAUGGUGUAUCAUCACAAAGUACUUUGUUGAGGGAUGCAGCUAAAGUGAUCCAGAGCAUGAUCCAGAAAAAUCCAGAUUCUCUCAACUUCAAUGUCAUUGCAAUAUCAAAGAAAUCCGGAGAUGGACAUUAAGGUAGUUAGUUUGGGUGAAGCAGCUCUUGAUGUUAUCUGCUUUAUAAUCUCCAGUCAUCUGCAGCUUUAUUCACUUUGUCUGUAUUUAUGUUUUUUCAUUUUCAUUCGGCGACCUAUCAAAUUGAGCAUCUUUGUUUCAAGUAGAUGCAUUGUGAGUGAUUUGAUCUUAAAAAACAAACUUUGACCUUAAAGCUGUGUUUUACCGUCGUUUCGAUUGUUGUUCGGGCCAUAAAAAAGAAUUGGUCGAUCUA